AUGGCCUCCAUCUUACGCCUGUUCACGGCGCACUUCAACGCCCGUCUGGCGUUCAGCGUCAGCCUGGUUGCUCUCAGCACCGCCAAUUAUGGGUUCGACAACCAGGGCUUCAGCGCGGCACAGGCCAUGAAUCCGUUCGAGAAACAAUUCGGCGUGUACAAAUACGAUGCAAAGACGAAGAAGUUUCAGUACGCGCUGCAGGCAUACUGGCUUUCCCUUUAUUCCUCCGUGAUCUGGAUCGGUUUUGGCGUUGGACUCGUCGCCGGCAGCUCAAUCAGUGCGAAAUGGGGUCGACGAGCCGGCAUGCUCGCUCUCUCAAUCUGGUCCAUCAUUUGCGCCACGGUCAUCGUCAGCUCCUUUAGCAAAUGGCAGCUUCUCGCCGGUCGCAUCCUGUUCUACGGCUAUCUGGGCAUGGAGCUGGCCGUGCUCUCCGUCUACCAGGCAGAAGCAGUCCCCACUGAAGUUCGCGGCCUCGUCGUCUGCACCUAUAACUUUUCCCAAGGCAUCGGCGGACUGAUCAUGAACCUCAUCUGCUUGGGUACUUCGAGAAUCCCCAACAACAGCAGCUGGCGAAUCCCCUUUGGCCUCUUUUAUGUAGUGCCGUCCAUUGUCAUCGCGGGUCUGUACUGGGUACCCGAGUCACCCCGAUGGCUCCUCGUAAACAAAAGACGUGACGAAGCCUAUCACAGCCUUCGCCUACUUCGCCAAGGCAAGCGCACGGAAGAGGAGAUUGCAGCAGAACUCUUGUCGAUCGAGACCGCCCUACGUGAAGAGCCGGAGCAGGGGCGCUUCAAAGAAAUCUUCUACAAGGAGAACAUUCGGAGAACACUCAUCGCCACGGGCAUGAACUUCUUCCAGGAGUUCAGCGGGCAGCAAAUCACCGCCAAAUUCGGCGCCCUCGUAGUCAAAGAUAUUGGGGGUAUCGAUCCCUUUAUCAUCACCGUGGUUUUUGCGGUCGUCGGGAUCAUCACCACAUUCUUUGUCAUGGUUUACAGCGACAGUGUUGGAAGAAGACCAUUCAUCCUGGCAAGUAUUACGACCAUGAUCUGCGCCGAAAUUGGCCUCGGAGUAAUCGGAGGGUACGACUACACCAAGAUCAAAUCGCUCGCCUCCGCAGCCAUCUUCUUCCUGGUCUUGCUUUCCUUCGGAUUCAGUCUGGGCUUUGCUCCCUUGACCAACGUGGUCAUGACCGAGGUGGUCUCCCUGCGCCUGCGCGACAUGUCUGUCAGAACUGCAGGCAUGGCUCGGGUGGUGUCAAAUUUUGUCGUCGGUUUCACGCUGCCUUACGAAAUCGACGACAUUGGCCUACAGCUGGGGUACAUCUACGCGGGGAUAUGCGUGAUUGCCAUCACCUUCGUCUUCUUCUGCGUACCGGACUGCAGCGGCAAGAGCCUGGAGACGAUCGAGUAUCUCUUCCACAAGGGCGUUCCAGCAAGAAAAUUCAAGUCGUACCAGGGCGAGCUGCGAGAUCACAGGCAGGACAGUAUCAUCGAAGACGAGAUUGCGUCACACGAAAAGGGCGCAUUGAAAGAGGCGGUGGAGCUCAAGAGACAGGAAGAAGUGUCUGAUGAGAAGCUCUGA